AACUUUCUGACGUCAUUUAUUUUGUAGAACUAUAUUGUUGUGGGUUUUUAAUGUUGAUAGUGUGCGCUGUGGUUUGAAUGUUUAUUGACAAUUUACUAAGACAACGACUACUAAGACUUAUUAAUACUAGACAAACUAAAUAGUGUUGGCGCAAGUUUUUUUUAUGCAUAUUUACAUAUAACACGUGUUUAUUAGAAAACUUACGCAAGAUGUCAUUUUCUAAUCGAACCAUACUUUUGGCAGUUGAUCAGAGCAAAGCAGCAUUACGCGCCUUUAACUGGUAUGUUGAAAACCUGCAUAAAAGAGAAGAUACUUUGAUAUUAGCUCAUAUUCAUCGAAUGCCUGAUCUUCCAAACAAAAUAAUGUUGACAGAAAUGCCUUCGGUAGGAUUAUUGGAAAACUACAAAAUAAAAACAAUAUCAAGUUAUGAGCAAAGUAAGGAGCUGCUUACCAGUUACGAAAAUCUUUGUAAAGAACAUCAAAUUACUUCAAAAGUCAUUCUUGCUGAAAACCAGGAUUCUCCUGGGCAUAAAAUUUGCGAGCUAGUUAAAGCAAAUGAAGUCGAUAUCCUAAUAACCGGACAAAGAGGACUUAGCAAGUUUGAUCGCAUAUUCUUAGGAAGUACAAGCGAUUAUAUUAUUCAUCAUGCACAAAUCCCUGUCAUUGUUGUACCACCAGAAAGUAAAAACCAUUAAAAUGAUCAGAUUUUAUUUCAUGUUUUACGUGUAUAUAUAUAUAUAUAUAUAUAUAUAUAUAUAUAUAUAUAUAUAUAUAUAUAUAUAUAUAUAUAUAUAUAUAUAUUUAUAUUUAUAUUUAUAUACAUAUAUAUAACUGAUUGUAUUUACGAAUUACUGAAGCAUCUUUUAAUUUAACUUAUUGCAAAAUCGAUAAAAUCGAUACAAAUCUUGUAAAUUGUGUUGUGCAUAAAAAACUUUUCUUUGAGCAGCAUUUAUACAUUUAUUUAGACCUGUAGUGAAAUUUACAUAGCUGUUUACAUAUAUCAGGAAAAUUGAAACUCGCUUUUUGACAAAAAUGAAACUUUAUUUCGGGCAAAUUUUUAUCAUGUAAACAAAUAGCCUUAGAAUUAGAAUUUGAAUUGCAUUUCAUUUUA